CGCGGCCUAAAACCCAAAACCCUAUGAUUGCUGCUCCAGGAGCUAACUAUGGCUGAUUACCAGUCUGAACGCACGAAGAAGAUGAAGAAGACAAAGAAGAGAAAGUUAUCAAGUUCCAGUGGAGAAGAAUUGUAUCCACAGCCUGUUAAAAGCUCCCGUAUUGACAUAUCGGAGCCGGAAAAUAUUGCUCCUUUAGUGUCCGGAGCUGAAGCAGAUGACACGGAAACGAGUUUACACCUUCGAGAUGAUCCACCAUGGAGGAACCUACAGCUCAUCAUCUCUCUGCAGAAUAAAGAUAUUUCUCCUUCAAUGAAGGUGGAGCUUGCAUUUCAUUAUGUGAAAACGAGGACAAGCGAGGGAGCGGUUGGAAAUUCUGAUAGCAGUGAAGAAUCAGAAUCGGUUAGCUUUCCCAGAGUACUUGUUUUCCUCAACAAUUGGGUCCAGACAGUGAUGAUCUUGUCUGUAAAAACAAUUAGCUCCGAGGGGAACAAAAAUCAGUUGGAAAUUGCUGCUUCAUGUUUAGAUGAUAGAUGCUGGCAGGUUUUCAGGUUCUGCUUGGAGGAAUCAAAAAAGCUGCAUGUUGCAUUGAGUUUCUCAAGAGACUUCUUACGGGUUAUUCAGUGCAUUUCAAGGGAUGCAUUGUCACGUCUAAACGCUGCUUCUUUGUGCAAGGAAUCAGGGCUGAGUGGGGAGGAGUUUGAGUUUUACAGUACGGUGCUUGACUGUAUAUCAUUGGUCUUCACAUCUCAUAUGGGAAUUUCUAAUGAAAAUCUGGACUUAUGGGUUUCAGUUAUUAAUACUGUUUUAGAACUCAUCCAAAAGGUUUUUACCUUCAAGCUUGAGCACGCCAAGACUGGAAUAUUUGUCUUGCAAUUAUCCUAUUAUGUGCAUGAGGCAUUUGCAAAAUUUCUAAGGGUACAUCCAACACGUAAGAAUGGCUUCCGGGACUUUGUUGAUAAGCUUCUUGAGCCUCUGCUGCUUUUGUGGGAUUUGUUGCAUCUUCAUACUUGUAAAAGCAGUCCCCACUUGAUAAGAGAUCUAUUAAAGUUGAUUGAAGAAGUUUUGUCUCAUGGGUUGUUCCACCCAAUGCACAUCGAGGGGUUUUUUGAUCUGCAGAGUACCGCAAGGUAUAAAACAAUCGAUCAUAAAGACAUGGAAAUCCAAAAGGCAGCUAUUAAAAGUUAUCAUAGGCACUUUUUUGAUGCACUGGAGAAGACCAUAUCCAGGAAGAAUGCAUCAGCUAUAGGUGGUUUAGGAGUGCUGCUUCGCUUGUUUAUUAGUUGCAUCAGUAAAAACAGGGGACUUUCAGUUGGCAAAGAUGGUUAUACUUCUGAAAGCUCUUCUAGGAGUUCCUUAGUUUCUGGAAAAAGUCAUUGCACUUCUGGUCUGAAUGCGGAAACAAGGAAGCUCUCUUUUGACUUUUUUGUACAGAUCAUGGAAUAUUUUUUAUCAGAAUUUAAUACUUACUUGCAAGCUGAAUUAGAGGAUGGUGAUAUGCUUCUUGAUGCUCAUUGCAAACUCAGAUCUGCCAAUAAAAUACUUUUUGCAUUAAUGCAUGCAAGAGUCUAUGCACGAACAGAGGAUAUCACUGAGGGGGCGUGUCUUAAUUUCCUGCGACUAGUUUAUGAUAGGAUUAUAUCACUUUCUUCCAAAAUUAUUAGUAUAAUACAAACACCAUUUGCUUCAGAUAAAAGUGAGGUGCUGGUUUUAAUAGCAAAGGAGGUUGUUCAUGCUGUACAUUACUUGUUGGAUAUUGACUAUGAUGCUAUUGGAGAUAAUCUUGAAAGGUUAUGGAGAACAGUAUUUUGUUUUACAGCUUUUAGCUACUCUUUGAUGGAUGUGCCUGAUCAGAAUAUGCUAACUUCAGAGAUACAAAAGCUAGGAUGUAAGCUGGUCCACCUUUAUAGUGAACUAAGACAGGUGAAUACAGCCAUUUUUUCACUGUGCAAAGCAGCUAGGGAUAUGGUAUCAUUUUCUCCUGACAGAAAUAUUCAAACAUAUAAAGCUUCAUUUGCUAAUCCAUUCAGCAUGUUUUUAUGCUGCCCUGAGUUCAGGCUUUCUAUUGGUAGUGCAAUCAAGUCUGUACCAGAGGGGCAAGCUAGUGGAUGCAUUCGUGAGUUAAUAGCUGAUAUUUCAGAAUCCUUGGAGUGGAUAAAAGCUGCAUCUCUGUUUCCUGAUAAAACUGACCAAAGAAAACAAAUUCCCCAUAUAAGUGGCUUGCAAUGCUUUGAUCUACAAAUUGAACUGUUGGGAAGAAGUUUAUCUGAAGUGUAUGCCCUAAUUCUUGACUCAUUGACAGUCACCACUGGAAAUAGCUCUCUUGUCAGCAUUUCUGUAAAGGAUUUGAUGGCACUUAUAGGCACUAAUUUAAGCAGCCUGGUAUCAGAAAAGGUGAAUAGUGUUGAUGACUUCUUGUCUGUUGUUCUGGGGAGGACCCUUGAUAAGGGGACUGGAUCAGGAGAUUGGGUGAUGUCAACACACUGGAUUUUAGUCUUCUUCUUUCGUAUAUAUUUAUCAAGCCGAAGCUUACAACGACAAUCAAUCAGCCUGUUGGCCCCAAAUAUAUCAAAAAAGAUGUCAGGAAAAAUGGGGGAUUCCUUUACAGCUUACUCUGGAAGUGAGUGGCUAGAGAGUACUGGUUUGAUAGAUGAAGGCUAUUUUUCUUGGAUUAUUAAACCUUCAGCUCCUCUUCUUGCUGUUAUAAAUAUUGUUUCAGAUGUUUAUCUUCGAGAUGCUGUGACUGAUUGCUCUCCCCUUAUUUAUGUAAUGAAUGCCAUGGCUCUCCAGAGGCUUGUUGAUUUAAAUCGGCAGAUAAGAUCCAUUGAUUAUUUGCUUUUGAAGAAUGAUAAUCUCACACAUUCCAAGAUUGUAGAUGAUGCUGGUUUGUCAUUCUCCUGCAAAGAUACCCGUAAAUGGAAGAUGCUCGUCUCAGAUUUAAGGCAUGAGGCUGCUAGUCUGACUAAAUUCAUAAUGGGGUAUUUAAAAUUAGUGGCUAAAAAUCAGUUGUACAUCCCUUCAUCAGACGAUGCAUCCUCUAAGGAUAUUUUUCUCCAGCACGCACAUAAAAUUGAAGCAUGGGAUCUUGCUAUUGGCUCCUUGAAUGAGAAGUCAGUGCCAUCUGCUGUGUGGUGGAUCCUUUGCCAAAAUAUUGAUGUUUGGUGUACUCAUGCUAGCAAGAAGUACUUGAAAAAGUUCCUGUCAAUUUUAGUCCAUAGCUCUAUUCCCUGUUUAAGCACUGAGCUGAAUGAAAACAAAAUUCACAUUAAGAGAAUGGCAACUACAAGGGAAGUCAAUAUAAGUCAGAUCUCAUUGGAAGUAUUGGGGAAUAGUGUUCUAUAUGAACAAAGGUUUGUUCGCAGGAAUAUGACAUCAAUAUUGUGCCAGACUCUAGAGAAGUCUGUGGCGUCACUGUUUUCUAGUUUGGGAGAUGCCAAUUUAGAUUCUCCACCUGACUGGAGAAAGGUUGUGGAUGCACUUGAAGAUUCUUCAGCUAUGGCUCUAAGAGACAAGAAUAGGAAGAAUACGCAUUUGUUGUGGAUUGAGGCACUCUCACAUUUGUUUAACCUACCAGCUGAACAGUCUGAAAAGAAACUAUCCCCUUUUCAUAAAAUAGAGUUUACUACUUGUCAGACUGUGCUCAAUCUUUUGAGUUGGAUACCAAAAGGAUAUCUGAGUUCAAAAUCUUUUUCACGUUAUGCGACCAGCAUUCUCAACCUUGAAUGGCUUGUAGUGGGCAGCUUGUUAGGUUGGCCUGACUCACUAACUUCAUUUGAAUGUUGCGAGCUCCUAAAGCUGUUUGUGUCCUGCCGGAGAGCCUUUAAAUAUCUACUAAUGGCAUCAUUUGAGGAGAGGGAAGGCUGUCAAUCCACCCUUAGUCAUGUGCUGUCAGAUUUGUCAUUUCCUUCCAUAUGGCUCAUGAAGUCAUUGGUUACUGUUAUUGGGUUUGAAAAUGCAUUUUCAGAAGAUUUUGCUUCUCAGGUGGAACACAUGAUGUUUUCCUUGAUGGAUCACACAUCAAAUGUGUUUUGGACUGUUGCUAAAGAUCAGUUUGAAUGUGCUAUUCUCUCAUUGACAUCUGCUGAGAAGCAUUGUGAUGAAAGUCCUACUGCUAUUGAACAUCAAGACUCUGAUCUAGAUGAACAUCAACCACCUCCCAGUUCCCCUUUUAAUGAGGAUGCAUUGAAAAGUAUUGCUGUACUAGCUGAAACCUUGAACGAACACAUAAAUAGGUCACUUGACUCCUUGAAUGGAUUUCUCAGUAAAAAUAAGGAAGUUCUAGCUGUGUCUCAGGAGUUGAAAAAAGUAUCAUCCACAAUAUCCUGCUUCCAGGGCUUUCUGUGGGGCCUUGCUUCUGCAUUGAAUGAUAUGGAUGCGGAAGAUUGCUGUCUAAAUACAACAUUAUCAAGGUUCAAAAGUGAAUCUAUGUUCAAAAUUAAGUCUUGCAUUGACAGGUGUACAGAUUUCAUAAAUAAUAUUGUACAUUUGUUGCUACUUGAAGGUGAUCAGUUACAUCAAAACUUGUCAAAUGCCCAAGGUCCUACAACCACAUUACCUGCUACUGAUAUAAUGAAUGAAGGGAUUCAAACUUUUGUGUCAAUGAACUCACAGCCUAUUGGUGUGAGGGGUGACUCCAACUAUUGUGGCUCUGGGAAAAUGUCUCCCCAAAUAAAUACAGAUUUAGAGGCUCUAUUGGCCAGAGUUGGCACUGAACAAAGAUGUGUAAGGAAACCUUUACUGCAGGCUCUUCUGAAGGGAGAAAAUGCUGAAGCAGCAUUUUGUCUGAGACAGCUGUUCCUUGCUUCCUCAGCUGUCUUGAGACUAAACUUGUGGAUCAACCAUACUGCUUUAUCAUGGAGCUUGAUUCCUUACUUAAUUCAGAUUUCAGAAUCUUUGCUUUUGGAAUUUGCUAGUGAUGUUGGGGUAGUGCAACCAUUUUCUCUUGUUUGCUUAUAUGGUGUUGUAAAAUUUCUUGAAGAAUUAGGAAAAUACUUCCCUUUGCUGAAUCCUUCAUCUUCAAGGAAUUUAUACAUCAAGGUAAUAGACUUGCACUUGAGGGCAAUAGGAAAAUGCAUAUGUCUACAGGGCAAGGGAGUUACUCUAGCAACAGAAGAGACAGAAUCAAGUUCUAAGAUGCUGAAUUUUCGUGUAGAAUUUGAUCCAAUGGAAUCCCACUGGACAUACAACUUGGGUGAAUUAAAAUCUCAAUUAAGGGGCUCAUUCAGAACUUUUGUUGGAAAAGCAUCUGAAUUGCAUUUAUUAUCUGUAGUUCAGGCUAUUGAGAGAGCAGUAGUUGGGGUGCAGGAAGGCUGCAUGGUAAAUUAUGAAGUAUGUACUAGAAUUUCAGAUGGGGGAAUGGUUUCCUCAAAUGUUGCUGCUGGCAUUGAAUGUUUGAAUUUGGUUCUUGAAUCAGCAACAGGACGCAAGCGCUUAGCCUUGGUUAAAAGGCAUAUCCAGAGCUUGGUUUCAUGUCUAAUAAAUGUAGUCCUGCACUUGCAAGGCAGGAAUGUAUUCUGUAUGAGUGUUGAUUCUAGCGAUUGUUUUGCUCAUCCAGAUUCUGGAUAUGUCAUUCUUUUGUGCAUUGAGGUUCUGAUAAAGAUUUGUGCCAAGCGUGCCUUUUUUCAACUGGAGAAAUGCCAUAUUGCACAGUUAUUGCGUCUUCCUGCUGCAAUAUUUCAGAAUCUUUUUCAGCUUAAAGAAUUUCCAAGAGUUUCUACUGUUGGAGUAAUUGAUGAAUCUUCUAGAAGGGACAGCAGCUAUGCCAUCUAUCAACAGUUUCUCUUGAAGCUAUAUGCUGGUUGUUGCCAACUAUUGUGUACUGUUCUUAAGCAUCACAAGAGUGAGACUCAGUGCUGCAUUGCUCUCCUUGAUGAUUCAGUUAGCAAACUUCUUCAUUGCCUGGAGAUGGACACUGAUUCCACUGUUUUGGGAAGUCAUUUUAUAAGGGAAGUACAAGAUGGAGUAAAGUGUGCCGGUUUUCUGAGAAGAAUUUAUGAGGAGGUUAGGCAACAAAAGGAUGUUUACAACCGCAACAGCUUUCAGUUCUUGUCUGCAUAUAUAUGGGUUUAUUGUGGAUAUGGUCCACAGAAAGCUGGCAUAAGAAGGGAAAUAGAUGAAGCUUUAAGACCUGGUAUAUUUGCCCUAAUUGAUAUCUGUUCAACAGAAGAUCUUCAAUAUCUUCAUACCGUAUUUGGAGAGGGUCCAUGCAGAAGUGUCCUGGCAUCUUUGCAACAGGAUUACAAGCUGAAUUUCCAAUAUGAAGGGAAGGUGUGAGUCCUUAUGGAACCUUUGGAUCGUCCCCCAAGUGGGGGGAUCGCAUCUACGAAAGCGCUAGGUACUGGUUCCUUCAUAUAAAAGCCACUCUAGAUGAAUCAACAGUACAACUGUGAGCUUGUUGUCCACUGACACACUUUGAAGUUGGCAGCCUAUUGCCAAUACAUAAUACCAUUCUUCAAAUAGGGCUUUCACCACCCUUUGUUGAGUCCGUCCUUAUAGGUUGUACACAAUUGAAAAAGAAUGCAUAGAAUACUACUUCCCUUUUUUGGUUUUCCAGUAGUAGUGAACUGAAGAACUACUCGAGUAGCCAAAUGGGUGGUAAAUUUUGUCCCGUUGUUUGAUAAUGUUUAAUUUUCGGCUAAAGUGUCAUCCCGCACCCUGAACCAUAAGCGAUUCUUCAUACCGCACCAUGUACUUUAAUAAGUGAUUAUUCGAUCCAUAAACCA